UGUAUGCACUGAACUCCUGGAUGACCUACAACUUUUGCCAUAAUGUGCAACAUAUAUACAGAACUGAAUGCAUGGAUCUCACAAUGCAAUGUGUUCACACACAACCUUCAACUUCCAGUGAGAUGGCUCUCCAGCUGAUCAUCAGCCCAAAGCCGAAACACUGAGCAGCAGACACGCUCGGAGGAUGGAGUUUUUCAUAGGAAACCCUUUUUCUACACCCGUGGGUCAACUUAUAGAACAUGCCACCAGUUCUUCUCUCCCUUCUGAAGACUGGGGCCUCAACAUGGAGAUUUGUGACAUUGUCAAUGAAACGGAUGAAGGACCUAAAGAUGCAGUCAGAGCAAUAAAGAAGAGGAUACUAGGAAACAGGAAUUUCAAAGAGGUUAUGCUGACUUUGAGUGUGUUGGAGGCCUGUGUGAAGAACUGCGGACACAAAUUUCACAUCUACGUGUCCACCAGAGACUUCGUGGAGAAUGUUUUGGUCCAGACAAUCCUGCCUAAAACCAACGCCCCAGUGGUUCUUCAGGACAGAGUCUUGUGCAUGAUACAGGCGUGGUCCGAUGCAUUUCGGAGUUCUCCAGAUUUGACGGGUGUCGUGACCGUCUAUGAGGAUCUCAGGAGAAAAGGCGUGGAGUUUCCCAUGACUGAACUGAAUGGCUGUUCUCCUAUACACACUCCCAACAGGACCAUUGAGUCAGCGUCCCCGGUAACCGCUCACACAGAAAGUCACUCUGUCACAUCCUCACAGCCACAGAAUACAGAGAUGCCCAUCACACUGUCACCUCAACAGAUGAAGACACUGAAGACCGAACUGGAAGUGGUGCGUAAUAAUAUAUCUGUGAUGUCAGACAUGAUGAGUCAGAUGGAGCCUGCGAGUCUUGAGCCAACAGACACAGAGUUGCUACAGCAGCUCUACUCCAUGACUAAAGAUAUGCAGGGCCGGAUGGUGGAGCUCAUACCCAGACUGAGGGAUGAGAAGCUUAUAGAGCAGCUACUCUGUGCCAAUGACGACAUUAACGGCACGUUUGCACAGUAUCACAGAUUUGAAAGACAUCUCCAUAGACAGAGCAGUGCAUCUAAUUCAUCUAACACAGAUCUUAUUGAUUUGGAAACUUCAAACCAAUCAAAGGCAGCCAAUGGUGCUCAUAGCGCAAUCAGCCAAUCAGCAGUCACUACACUAUCCAAUCAGAUGGCAGGACUGAGCACAAAAGCUGAUGAUUUAAAACUAAGUAAAAGCACUUCAUCACAAAAAAGUCCAGAAUGCUCUGCAGGUCUAGAGGGACUUGCAGCCACUCAAAGAGAGCGACAGGACACUGGAGUGGAUGUUAAGGAUGACAGCCUAGACUCCACCUCCCUCAGCAGCUCGCCUCAGUUUCAUUGGAUGCUUGAAAAGGGAAUGAUUCCUGUCAAUCAGAGUGAGGUGAUGGAUGACAUUGAACAAUGGCUGGACGUAGAUGAUGAAGAUGACUCUGAAGGAGUGACUAGUGAAGAGUUUGAUAAGUUCUUAGCGGAAAGAGCGAAAGCAGCGGAGCGUCUUCCUUCAGUAAAAGCAUCACAGCACGACCCUGGCCGUUCACAACUGUAGUUUAAUUUUCUCUACAAAACCCUGUUCAUAACUUCCAACAUUUGUAUUUCAGUUGAUUAACCAUGUGCUCACUUUUCACUUUAUUUAUAGUAUUUUUGGUUGAUUUCUAACCAUGAUUAAUGUCUUUAUUAAACUUUAUAAGUCUAAAAGUUAGGUGUGGGUUUUGGAGAUGUUUCAUGUUACACAAAUUGUUUUUGCAGAUGUGUAACCUUAUGAAAUAUUUUUAUAACCAGAUAUUAAUUUCUUCAGUACGGUCUAUUGUAGAGGUAAUUUUCUUUCAUCUUUUAAUGGAGAGAGGCUCCAUGGUGACGCGUGAAGAACUUUUAUUGAUCUUUAUUAAAGAUCUUGAUUGUUGAGGUUAAAGCCAUUGUAUGUAUGUAUACACUAAAUGUGUUAUAUUAGGCUGUUUUGAAGGAAAGAAGUGGAUUUUACAGAGAUAAAUUUUAUGGGUUUACGUUUCUCUCUCACCAAUUUCCGCUACAGUUCUGGAAAGUGUAAACUUAAAAGAAAAAAAAGGCACAAAACAACUUUUUUAAAUGUGCUUUAGAAAUAAAGUAAACUUGAAAAUUACAAUUAAUGUGUGCAGGCUGCUGUAUGUCUCUAGUAUGAGUGUAAUAUGUACAACCUUAUACAGUUUGUUGAGGUUAUGUUAAAAUAUAUUCAAUAAAAUGUCAUUUGAAAAUCUUUUUUCUUUUUUAACUUAAGCACUGCACUACUAUGUUUAAAUAUAGUCCACAAAGACCAAAUACAAAAAUGACCCUGUUCAGAAGUGUACAUUUGCUUGAUUCUUAAUACUGCAUGUCAUUACCUGGAUGAUUCAUGAUAAACUUGUGACCUAAACUCUAUGUACUGUUAUUCUCUUAGUAGUGAAACAUUGCAGUAAGUUAUGAUAUUCUGCCCCUUCUGUAACUUCUACGUGUAUAUACUGUAGUAUACAUAACAAGCCUGUUAAAAGACUUGAUGCUCAUUUGCCUAUACACUGCAUGCUCUCUAGUGCAAUAUAAAUAAACACAGCAAAAUGGAUUUAGAUCAUUUAAGUUUAUUCGUUUACAACAUAUAACACAUUCAGGCUGUGUGUGAUGACAGCAACAUGUUGCACUAUGAUACAAACACAAUAUAUACACAUCACUGUAUUGCAUUCAUAUGUCUUUUUGGACACUAAAUGCACUAAUAUUUCCUUAAAUAUUUAACAACUUCAUAUAAACAGUGCUUUUCUUUACAAAAAUCUAAAUAAAUAAGCAAAAGGCACAAUUUAGCAAAAACCUUUAGGACAGGGUUUGUCAACUGAUCAAAUCAACCUAAACUAAUUAAGACCUUCAGUUUCACUAGAAAACUACAAACAGUUGAGUUUCCUUCCUAUUAUGAAGGUAAGUGUCACAGCAUUAUUGCGCCGGUCACAUUUUGGAGCUGAAUAAAAAAAAAAAAAACCUGUGUUCUGUUAAAACAAACCCCCUCCAAACCCAUAAGCUGUAAUAAAAAAAUAUAUACUCAAAUGUAACUGUAACACCAUGUAGUCACUGCCAUCAAGAGGCAUGCAAAACACGCAAUCUCAAUUGCACUGUAGACAGCUUUGCUUGGUAGCACAUGGAAGUGAUUUAGUUUGUCACUUCCUUCCAGUGUAGGCACGUUGAGAGAACAUUGUAAAAUCCUGCAUGCCUACUACAAAUAUUCAAGUAAUGGUGACAAAAUGUUUGUUGCAACACUCCCGAAGAAAUCCCAUGCUUCUUGGAUUUUUAGGGGAAUCCCUAAAUCCAACCAGACAGGUUUUGGAGCAUUGCAUAUGAAUAGAAAGGGACCCUAAACUGUUGGUUUUAUCCAGGCCUGAGUCAAGAGAGCCAAAUAUAGUAAUCUCUCUUCGGUUCCUAACUUGGUUGGGAUUUAGCACAAAGUAAGGUAGAGAGUGCAUCAACAUAAUGAUCAUGUCAUGCACCUAAUUGUAUCUCCACAUAUUAUAAAUUAGGCUACAUUCCCAAUCCUGAUUGUAAACUGUCAUGCUCGGAGUAACAAGCCUCAGCCUGAAGGAACAAUUCAGCCAAAAUUCUGUCACUUUACUCCUUAUAAUGUUUUUUUUCCCCAAACCUGUAUGACUUUAUCUACUGUGUAACAAAAGAUAUGAGAAAAGUCUCAAGUGUUUUUUUUUUUUUGGCCAUACAUUAUCAAGCUCUUUUUGUUUACCACUAGCUGAUGCUGAUGAUGUUAUAUUCUUCUAUAGUAACGUGUGUCGUAGCGUACAAGUCAAUAGGUGUUAUCAUCGUACAGUCUACACACUUCGUAGCCAAGUUUAUUAGAUCAAUGUCACACAGUGUGAUCAGCAAUGAUCUUAAAGGAUUGCUAAAAUCGUGCAGUGUGUCUCGGGCUUAAGAGGUUCAAGUAGAACAGCAUGAAAAAUCCAUCAGCAGUGGUACAGUCCAUUGUAAGAAACCACUGUAAGUGCUAGACAAAAUCAUUAACUACCCUGUGGAGAACUGACCUACAUAAAACCUAAUGGAAAUGUAUCAAAAGAUAUCAGGCCAAUCACUAAUAAUUUGUUGCAUAUUUAAGUGCAUAAAGUUCGUACAAAAUUCUUGCCAGAUUCACAACACGGGUGCAAACUCCUCAGGGGUGAAAAAGGUGACACCUGAUGUUCAUAAACUUUCAUAACUGGUAGGCCUAACGUUAAGUGUUUUUUUUCUUUUGCCUUGUGAAGUGGCCGAGCCUUGAUGAAUCUGUUGCUUGACAUGUGCUUACUGACCGUUGCAUGCAAUCGUGAAAUACAGCAUCCUUUUUUUUAUUAUUAUUAUUAAAUUGGCUAUUCGUUGUGGAAAAAAUAAAUAAAUUCGGGUUCGGGCUCUAAAUUUAACUGUGCCGCUCGGGUCGGGUCAGACGAUGUCGGGCACGGGCCUGGUUCGGGCUUCAAUUUAAAGCCCGUGCAGACCUCUACUGUAAAUCUUCAUUUCAGCACUCGAAUUUUUGAAGCAGCUGACGGGCUAAACGCGAGGUGUUUCUCCGUCUUGAAACAGGCUGUUACAGACGGACACUUAGCUAUGGCUUAGCGCUGCCUCCACUUGAGCUGAGUGAUACUAAUAUUACUGUACAUUAAACAGCAUGCUUUACUUGUAGGUCGAACAGUUCACAAAACGACUUCAUGUCAGUGUAAUACUUACUGAUAUGUGAGACAAAUGUUAAGGUCGAGACUGAGGAGCAGUUUGCAAAGGGUAGCGAACUCAAGUAGCGAUAAAGUAACUUACAAACUUCAUAGCUAUUGCAACAGCAGCCUCAUGCAAAACAACAAAAAACAAACAAACCGCAGUCUCACGCGGUAAUCACCAUUUAUACUGGAACACAAGCUAACUUAAUUUAGCUAGCUACAAACAGGCUAAUCUAACCACCAACAUAGCCCAAUUACUUCAAAAAUAAGUUGCUUGCCGUUAGCUUGUUCCUUCAUGUUUUACGUAGCCUCUGGAAAUAUGGACAGUUGCCUGCAGCA